AAAAUUAUUUUUAUAUUUUUAAUCACAUAAAAAAUAUGAACCUAUAUUGUUUACAUGUUAUUGUAUUUGUUUAUUAGUAAUAUCUAAAUCCAUUACUUAAAUGGGCCCCUUGGUUCUAUAAAUUUUAUCUACAGAAACUCGAUUUAAGAAUAAAAAUUUUUUGUAAACAAUGAGACUCUGUGUCAUGGACAUGGAAUAGGAUAUGAGAUAAACUGAUAACAGUAUGAAGUCUUCCUCUUCAUUAGUCGAAGGACAAAACUAUGAUACCAAUUCAUUUUUAAUAGGCCUAUGUCUUUCUAUUUCGUCCAGUAUAUUUAUAGGGUCCAGUUUUAUUAUAAAAAAAUUUGCAUUGAAAAGAAACUCUGCUUCUGGAAACCUUCGAGCUUCAGCCGGAGGUUUUACAUAUCUUAAGCAAUGGAUGUGGUGGUUAGGUUUGGUGACAAUGGGAGUUGGAGAAGGUGCUAACCUCUUGGCAUAUGCCUUCGCCCCUGCGGCAUUGGUAACACCUUUAGGCGCACUUAGUGUACUUGUAGCAGCAGUACUUUCCUCAAGGUUCUUAGAUGAAAAGCUUAAUUUUGUUGGAAAGAUUGGAUGUUUUCUAUGCAUUAUCGGCUCAAUAAUUUUUGUUAUACAUUCACCAAAAUCAGAAGAAAUCCAAACAUUUUCAGAAUUACUGGAUAAAUUAAGUGAUUUUGUAUUUAUUUCAUAUGUAGCUACAAUAUUUGUCAUAACUUUUAUCAUCAAAAUAGUUUUUGUUCCAAGGUUUGGCAACACAAAUAUAUCCAUAUAUUUGUUUAUGUGUUCUACUACAGGCAGCCUGACUGUUGUGUUCUGUAAAGCAGUUGCAUUGGCCAUAAAAGAAAGUAUUACUACUAAUGUGAACAGUGUUUUUAAUCAUUUCUUUUGGUUACUCUUCAUCACUGCUGUGAUAUGUAUUAUGAUACAAAUGAAUUAUUUGAACAAAUCACUAGAUAUAUUUAAUACAAGCAUUGUAACUCCAGUUUACUAUGUUAUGUUUACAGUAUUAGUCAUUAUAGCAUCUGGUAUCCUUUUCAGAGAAUGGGAACAUAUGACAGGUGCAGAUAUUUUAGGUUGUUUUUGUGGCUUUUUAGUGGUUAUAACAGCUGUUUUCAUGUUGAAUAUUUUUAAAGAUGUACAAAUAUCAUUUAAGGAUUUAAAUUUUAAUGUUAGGAACAGAAAUACUCAUAUUGGUAAAAUUUAGAAAUAGAUUCUCAUUAAUAAGGUAGUUGUGAAUGUAGUUUUAGUUUAGUACCAGUGGUUUUAAGUAAUAAUUAACAUAACAAAUCAAGCAAUGUAAUAAUAUUUAAACAAUGAACACUUAUCAGAAUGCCUUUUCUGCACCUUAUUAGUGUGGAGCAACAUACAUUUUGGUAAUUUAUGUCCAUCAACUAAAUAUGUAGUUGUUAAUAUAUUAAUAAAAAACUAUAAAUUUAAACUAAACUGCAUAAUUAUCUUUGCGUAGUUGUUAGAUGUUGCUUCAGUUCUUCCAUGUGAUAUUAUUUUUACCCAUUAAACUAGUUGGUAUCUUACUGAUUUUAUCAUAACAACUUUAUACUUUAUUAUGUAUUGGUAUACGAGUGAGUUACCAUUACAGAAAUAAAUAAUUUUAAAUAAUGAGGUUAAAAUGUUAGUCCUAUAUCAUUACUAAAAAAUAAACUAAACUGAAUUUAAACAGCCAACUAAAAU